AUGGCCGGAACGCAUGCUACCUCUGCAAAUGAGCGCAUUGAUGAGCUUGCUCAACAAAUGUCCAUUGUCCUUUCUCGUCUGGAUGAUAUAGUACCGGGGUUGCUACCAACACCCCUACAAAAACCUCGAUUCCGUCAUUUAUUAGAACCCGAAUUAGCAGAGAAGCGAGAAAAGGGGAUUUGCUUCAACUGUGAUCAGAAAUGGUCGCGACAACACCGUUGUAGCGGAAAGGUGUUCUUGAUGGUGGCUGAGCAUGCCGAAGACGAAGGAGAUGCAGAACAAAUAGAAAUGAUAAAUGAUAUGGAAACCCCUCUAGAAGAAUCGCGGUCGGCCCAGCUGAGUUUACAUGCUCUUGCUGGGUCACAAGUCACCGAUACUUUUCGGGUAUUAGGUCGGAUUCUGGAAAACCUGGUCCGUAUCUUGGUGGAUGGAGGUAGUACUCACAACUUCAUUCAAUCUAGUAUUCCAGCCAAAUUGGGCCUUCCACAAAGCCAACUCCAACCUUGA